AUGUUGUCACUACGGUUACUCAGCCGGGCACUGCCCAAGAACGUCCUGCGCCAACCGGUAGUCCGGUCCGUGUCGUCCAUAACGAGGUUCGCAACUCGUCGGCCACAAUGGCAAUCGGCUAUGAAGCCAUCAUAUCCCGCAUUCUCAACUUCUGUUGCCCGCAGAGAGCCUGCAGGCCAAUCGGAUGAGGCCCUCGUCGCAAAACUGAACAAUGAACGCAUGCUCGAGCUUCAAUCACAGAGCGAUGAUAGACUGGCCGCGAUCAAUGAAUUCCUCGAGAAUAGCCCCUUCAAGGUCCAAGACAAACCUGGCUCGCACGAGAUUGUCCUGACCCGAGACUUUGGCAACGAGAAAAUCAAGAUCCAAUUGAGCGUCUCUGACCUUUCCGAAUACCCAGCCGAAGAUGAAUUCGAUGCCCUCGAUGAAGAUGGUGCUCUUUCUGAUGAACCCGACUUCGAGGUGCGAAAACGAGGCAUCAAUCAAACCGGUGGAAGAGGAGGAAAGGUCGAUGUUAUGCCAGAGGAUAGCAUUGCACCGGUUGACAGAGCCGAAGGAGGAGAAGAAGUCGACGACGUCGCUAAUGUCACGCCUGCAUACCCUGCUCAUAUGACCAUUACAAUCACUAAGCCCGGCAACAAGGCCAUUGAGAUUCGGGCUGUAGCUCAGGACGGCACCAUCGAGAUCGAAAACGUCUGCUUCUUCCCAAAGGACUCGCUGCUCGAGGCACAGAGCACCAAAGAUGCUUCAGAAGCCCGCAGCCUGUAUGCAGGUCCGCCUGUUGAGGAUCUCGAUCCCGAACUCCAGCAGAUGCUCCACCAGUAUCUGGAAGAGAGAGGGAUUGACGAGGAACUGGCCAGCUUCCUUCCAGAGUACCUCGAUUACAAGGAGCAGAAGGAAUAUGUCAAAUGGCUCGAAGGUGAGUUGAUAAAACCCGGGUAA